CCGAGCCAGGGAAUCCUGCUCCAGGCGAGCGCCGGACCCCGCAGAGCCUGCGCGCCGUCCGAGGGCCCCCGCGCCGGGGGCGGCAGGGAACCCCAGAGCAGCCGAGCUGGGAAGGAUCCCCGCGCCGAGCGAAACACUGCCGCCGCCGCCCCCGCGCCGCCCCCGCGGGCUGGCAGGUGUCCGGCCGCCGGCUCCCCGCCCGGCCGCCGGCUCCCGCGGUCCCGCCGUCAGCUCGCCCGCCCGUCUCCCGCGCGCCAUGCAGCCGCCGCCGGCCCCGCGUCGCGCGUAAGGCGUCCGCCGCAGGCCAUGCUGCCCCUGCUCGCCGCGCUGCUGGCCGCCGCCUGCCCGCUGCCGCCCGCCCGCGGCGGGGUCGCGGACGCGCCGGGCCUCCUCGGGGCGCCCCCCAACGCCUCGGUCAACGCGUCGUCCGCGGGCGAGCCCGCCGCCCCGCGGCUGCUGUCCCCCGCGGCUGCCGGGGCCCCCGAGCGCCCGGGCCCGGAGGAGGCGGCGACGCCGUGCAACAUCAGCGUGCAGCGGCAGAUGCUGAGCUCGCUGCUCGUGCGCUGGGGCCGCCCGCGGGGCUUCCAGUGCGACCUGCUGCUCUUCUCCACCAACGCGCACGGCCGCGCCUUCUUCGCCGCCGCCUUCCACCGCGUCGGGCCGCCGCUGCUCAUCGAGCACCUGGGGCUGGCGGCCGGCGGCGCGCAGCAGGACCUGCGCCUCUGCGUGGGCUGCGGCUGGGUGCGCGGGCGUCCGCCCGGCCGCCUCCGGCCCGCCGCCGCCGCCGCCGCCGGGGCGCCCACCGCGCUGCCCGCUUACCCUGCGGCCGAGCCCGCGGGGCCGCUGUGGCUGCAGGGCGAGCCGCUGCACUUCUGCUGCCUGGACUUCAGCCUCGAGGAGCUGCAGGGGGAGCCGGGCUGGAGGCUGAACCGCAAGCCCAUCGAGUCCACGCUGGUGGCCUGCUUCAUGACCCUGGUCAUCGUCGUGUGGAGCGUGGCCGCCCUCAUCUGGCCGGUGCCCAUCAUCGCCGGCUUCCUGCCCAACGGCAUGGAGCAGCGCCGGACCACCGCCAGCGCCGCCAGCGCCGCCCCCGCCGCCGUGCCCGCGGGGACCACCGCCGCCGCCGCUGCCGCCGCCGCCGCCGCUGCCGCCGCCGCCGCCGUGACAUCGGGCGCCGCGACCAAGUGACCCGCCCCGCGCCCCCCUGCGUCCGCCCGGCGUCCGCGCUCUCGGGGGCCUUUCCCGCCGGAGCCCGGCCCGUGUGCUUCGUGCUGUAGUGACCGUUAGUUCUCCGGGGGAGGGGGUCGCCAGAAAGGUUCCGGCGUGUUUGCAAAGCAAGGCGUGUGCGGCGCUCUGGCUCCGAGGCGAUGCCACCGGCCCUGGCCCUUGCCGCGGGGUGGGGUCCGCCGCUGGGAAGGCGGAGAGCAGGGACUUGGGCCCUUUCCCCUCGAUUGCACCCCCUGCCCCUCUCCCUCCCGCACCCACGUGCCCUAUAUUCAUGGCAGAAAAUGACCAAAUCCUGUGUAUUUGUUUUAUAUCUUUAAUAACUGUUUUAAAUGAAAGUUUUAGUAAAAAAAAAAAUCAAAUUGCUAUUGCUGUAGUAAGGGAAGUUCUUUGUACCCAAACAGUAUUUGAAGUUUGUUUGUUUUUUAAAAAAAAUUUAUUUGAAAGGGGGCGGGCAUGGGAAUGAUUUAACACUGACACAUUGUUACUGCUGAAAAUGAACUUGAUGAACCUUUUCCAAGUCGAUCUAUCCAGUGACGUGGCCUGGUGGGCGUUUCUUCUUGUACUUCUGUGUUUUGUUUUGUUUUGUUUUUUUGGCUUUUAAUACAGACAUUUUCCUCCAGA